CGACGAGCAGUAUUGUUUGCCAGAAGCAUUGAACACAAUUUACUCUAGAAAUACUACACUAACGCUCGCGAUGACGACCAACAACGUUCCAGAGCUCCUUCACCACACAACCCUCACCGUAAUCGACUACCACGAGGACCCUUCGGGUGCCACGCGCUCCGUCUACGUCCUCGGCACGCACAGCACCCUCGAAGCCUCCAAAGCCUUCGCUACCUCGGCCCUUCAGGGACUCAAGUAUGAGCCAAAUGGCUUCGCCGAGUACGCCGUGCGCUCGGCCGAGCCGUGGAUUCACGGCGACGGCGUCCUUGUCUUCGCCCGGGCGCCUGCGGGGCAGGUGUUUCUCAUCGGAAUCGACACCACCCCCAACAACGAGUCGCUGUCGGCGAGCCCCGACGGCGCCGUAGUCCUCCCUCAGGGGGCCGACCUGCUACACUACGUGCUGCAGACGACAAUCGACUACAACCAGGACCGCACGGGCUCGGUGCAGUCGACGGAGAUUGAGGGGUCUUAUGUCCACCGUGCCGAUGCAUGGGCGGCUGCACGCAAGUGCCUCGAUCCGGAGCAGUUCGUUGAGUACGACGUGCGUGAGAGCGAGGAGAUGGCCGGCCAGUGGCCGUUUGGCGAGGACGUGGUCGCGCACGCUGUCGCGGAGACCGGGCAGAAUUCCGUUGUGGCAGUGAGGACUGUGCCCGGGGUACACAAGAGGCACGGGAAAAAGGGUUAGUCGGGGAGUUUAUUCAUAGGGGUCAGGUCAGGGCUAUUACGGCCAGUUGACAGAGAGUAGUAACACGGGACUCUGGCGUGUAAUGAUAGGAAGUAGUUAGUUAUGUUAAUUGAGGUGGAAAAUACAUUCCUCUACUCGGAUUCUGUGAAGGUGGUUUGUUGUGAGCGGCUGCAAUAAUGC